CACUAUAAAAUAAAGCUAGAAAUAUUUAAAAAGAUUGACGAUACUUCUAAAUUUAAUACUAUACGAAUUCGAGAGAUUACUACUAUAGUACAAGAAGAUUUUCCUAAAUCCGUACAUAUACAAGCCAAUAUAUACAAUGUAUAUAUAAAAAUUCGCCGCCGCGACCUUCAUAGCUAUACCCCUACUAGUACUUUAAUUAAGUCUUUUAAUAAUAAUAAUAUUAAAUAUAUUAAAAAGAUAGAUCUAAAUAAUAAUAAACAGUUGCUAGGCUUUAUUUUUACCUUCCCAAUUUAG